UUUAGGAUGUUCAAAAACUUUUUCUGACAACAAAAAAACUACUCGCAUCAUUUUUUAAUAUUCUAACAACACUGCAGAGAAGGAUUUUUUAAAUCAAUAUAUGGUUUAUGCUAUGAAAAAAUAUUUUAAGCAUUCUAUUUUUCAUCGCAUGCAACUAUGGGGCCCUGUCUGAACGCACUACUAAACUUAUGGUAUGCAUUUAAUGCCUUAGUAAUCUCUUUCAAAAAAACUUGAAUAUUCUAGGUCAUGGACAAUUUGAAAAAAUCAAGACACGCCUACAAAAAAGAGCAGUGAAAUUUAUGUAAAUUGAGAAACUGAUUUUACUUUCUGGUGUACUCGGGACAUGACUUGGAAUAUUGAACCAAAAAUCUAUAAUCAGGAAGCCUAUAAAUAAAGUUUUCACAAUCAAAUGAUAAUAUGAAGAUCGGGUGUUCAGUGUUUUUUGGCGGCUUAGUAAUUUUAUUGGCACAUGGCCAAUAUGCCCAGACAACGAAUGAAAAAGUGGAAAAAAUGAUUCAGGGAAUCCAGAAAUUUUCUCUCAAUCUACUGCAUAAGGUGAUCUUAUAUAGAGAAGAGAAAAUGCAACACGUGAACGAAAUGAUAUCGCCCUUUUCCGUGUGGACCAUGUUGCUAAUGUUAUACCAUGGAGCGAAAGGAAAAACCUUCGAGCAGCUGCGUGAUGUAAUGGGGAUCACCGUCGAAGAUGCCGAACUGAAAAAGUUCUAUGAAGACACGCGCGAACUUCGAGACGCCGAUUCUUCCGAGCUGGAGAUUCGCUCCUGGCAAAAGCUGUACCACAGCAAGAAUUAUCUUAUUAAUAGUGACUACAACAAUGUUACGUAUGAGUACGAUAUGGGACCCGAAAGAAAAGAUUUCGAACAGCAGGUGGGAUAUAUCAACGAUGAUAUUCGGGCGGCCACAAACGAUUACAUUCACGCCACUAUUCAGAAAAAUAGUAUAUCUGGGGCCAGGAUGUUGUUGGUCUCUGCCAUAUACUUCAUGGCCAAGUGGAAGCAUCCCUUCAACGAGAAAUUGACGAGAGAAGAACCAUUUUAUAACGAGACUUCCCCAUACAGGCAAAUCGCUAAGGUGUCCAUGAUGAUGCAGAUAGCCAAGUUCGCCUACGUUGAUGAGAUUAAGGGUCUGAAUGCCCGUGUCCUGGAACUGCCUUACGGUACAGAGGACACACUAGCGAUGCUCGUAAUGCUGCCCAAUCGCGGAUCUACAGUCAAGCAGGUGGUAAACAAUCUAAUGAAACUGGGCUUGCUUUCCAUUCUGGAUGCUUUUACGAAUAGAGAUGCGGAAAACGAUGUGGAGGUCAAGAUUCCCAAGCUCAAUACGUACUCCGCAUAUAUACUUCCGAAGUUUCUAUACCAGAUAGGUCUCGAGGAUGUGGUAACCUCUAAUAAGGCAAACCUAGAGGGCAUGACCAAGGGGCCAGAUUCUAUAAAGAUGUCCCUCUCGCACAGCCUCCAUUUCAGUCGGAUAAUCAUGGACGAAAUGGGUACGCCUGGAGCAACUCCGAAGCCUGCGCGGUCCAACAAGACAGGAGUGAUUGAGUUCCACAUGAACAAGCCUUUCGUUUACCUUGUCGUGCAGAAGGAAUUGAAGCUCAUACUCUUCGCCGGAGCUGUGCGGAAUAGGGAUAGGAAAUGAUUCAAUGUGUCACAGUGCGAAAAAAAUAAACUUAUAACAUGCAUGGGCCUUGUGACCCACAUUUGUUUAAUCUUUAUCACUUUAGUUUUCUUUAGUCUGACAGUAAAAAGUAAUUUAUCCGGCAGAACAUUUCUUUUUCUAAAUCUUAGGAACGUUUCUUCUCAAGGGAGCGAUAAUCUAAUUGAUUGUAUAACUACUUUGACAAAAUAAAGGCUUGUGCACGAAAAUAAAGCUUUAAAAUGUCGAGCUCGAAAUAGAUUUUGCUGUCUAGUGCAAUUAGACCGUGGCCUGGAAUAUUAAACUGUAAAACCCUAACCUAAUUAGAAAGUGUAUAAAUAGGAUUUGGCUUGGUU